UAUAGUCAAUAAGAUUAUGUACCUUAGAUGGGAAUUUUUGUUUUUCAAAUAUGAAAUGUUAAACAAUAUACUAUGCUUCUGUCAAAUUAAAAAAAAAACAAAGAAAAACAUCAGCUUGUGCUCAUGUUGUCAUUGCAGAUAAUCAAAUUAAUAUAUGUUUUAUAAGAGGUAAUUUUCUAACGCAAUGACCUCAGCGCUUUAUUUGGAGCACUACCUGGACAGUCUAGAACACUUACCUAAUGAACUACAGCGUAAUUUCAAUUUAAUGAGUGAACUGGACAAAAGGGCGCAAGGCCUUAUGAAAAAUAUCGACGCACUAGCCGACAAAUAUCUACGAAAUUUAAAAUCCUUAAACACUGAUCAAAGGAAAGAACAAUUAGAUAAAAUACAAAACAUGUUUAAUAAGGCAAAAGAACUGGGUGAUGAUAAGGUGCAGUUAGCAAUUCAGACCUACGAACUUGUUGAUAAACAUAUUAGGCGUUUGGAUAAUGACUUGGCUAGGUUUGAAUCUGAAAUUCAAGAUAAGGCAUUAAAUUCUAGAAUACCAGAAGAACCCAAUGUUGGUAAAAAGGGUAGAAAGAAAAUUAAAGAAAGUAAAACUGAUAAGAAGAAAAGGUCUGGCAAUUCUAGUGAGGAAGAUUCUUCGGGAACUGUUAGAGGCAAUAAGAAAAAAAAACAAAAAGGUGUAGGAUCUGAUAAAGGUGGAAGUGGAGCCACUUCUGGUAAAGCUAGUGCCAAUGAAGUUGCAGAAGCAGUUGCAUCAGUUUUACCUGGCCUGGCCGGUAUUGCUCAUCCAAGUGACGUUUUGGAUAUGCCUGUUGACCCCAAUGAACCAACAUACUGUCUGUGCCAUCAAGUGUCUUAUGGAGAAAUGAUCGGUUGCGAUAAUCCUGAUUGUCCCAUUGAAUGGUUCCAUUUUGCCUGUGUUGGAUUGACCACCAAACCUAAGGGCAAAUGGUAUUGCCCAAAGUGUUCUCAAGAUAGGAAAAAAAAAUAGUCACUUCUAAAAGAUCAUUCCCAGUUAAAUAUUUAAUAAAACCACAAUGAACAUACAUAUGUUUUUAUAUUUUUUCUUAAAUAUUUAUUAUUUUUGUUAAUUAGUCUUAUAAUUUAAAAAUCAAGACAUUGGAAUUUAUAUUUUUGAAUCGUAAAAUAUUUUAUUAAUUUUGUGAUUCACUUAAUAUUUUAGUGUAAAAAUAAAUUUUCUUCGAAACAAUUUGUAAUAUUGUUGUUUUAUUUGGUUAGUUUCUGACUUGUUGUCCUUAGUCUAUAGGCUAAUUAAAUAACUUAUUCAAUCUUGGUAGGGAGGAGUCUUUAAAUUGAUUUCCAAGUGUAAGCAUUGAAAAUGGCAAGUGAGAUCUUAUCCAUUAUCCAUUUCUGGUAAACAAUAUAUUGUGUUAAAUUUCGUUAUUAACUCAUUUGUCAGUUUCAUGGCUCAUAAUAAUUAAUUAUAAUAAACAGAAUAAACAAGCUAAUGAUUUAUUUUUCUAAGGUCAUAAUAAUGAUAAUGUUUUAAAUAUAAACAAAUUUUAACUAUAUGAUAAUCAACUAUAAUAACAAAAAGUGAAAGGUUAAAUAAAAAUUAUGAUUAUUGUAUUGUCAAUAGAACUUAAAUAUGCACUAUUUGAAAGCACCUUCAAAAAUUGAAUAGUAGAGCAGAUGCAGGCUUAGGGCACAUAAAAGUUAUCAAAUUUUCUCAUAAAUUAUUAAUUUAUAUAGAUAUCUUAAAAGUUGUGAUGAAUUUCAAUUUCCUGUAAUUAUAUCAAUAUCACACAACAAAAUAAGAUUUAGAGACCAGUUUUAAACAAAAAAAAAGUAUGGUUAUAAACUGACAAUUCUACCUUAUUUAAUUUACACCACUUUUGCAGCGGGCAGAACAAA